UCAUUAAGAUCGAUCAGAGAAGUGGUUCUCGACAUCAUGGAUGAUGAUGAACAAGUCAAUUAGUACCUGGUUUGGCUGGACACAGUGCUCUCCGUGUCGCUGUCCGGUAAACUCAUCAUGAUUGUUCUGACUUAUCAAAGCCACUCAAAAAUCACAGCUACUUUGCGAGUUGUUAUCGGCAAGAUCUGUCUCUGUACUCUGAAGAGCACACUGGGAGUAUUUAAACCCCAUGAACAUUCAGCGUCGCUGCCGUCAUCGUAUUCGUACCAUCAGCCCUGCGCCGCACGGUCAUUGCGCGGCCGGGGCUGCUUUACCGACUGCAGCAACAAUCCUGCAACUGUUCGUGCGAGGCUUCUUUCUUCCUUCUCCCCUAACCUGGUCCAGAUGGACCAGCCAAGAGCCGGGUUUCUUUUUUUGGGGGGCUGUUCUUACCUUGGCUGGGCUGAAUCGGAGAUCGUAAGCCCCGCUGCCGGCCUGACCAUUUUGGUAUCGGGAUACGGAUACGACCGAGCCGUUGCCUGCUCCGUUCCAUCGGUUCUUGUCAGGAACAAACAAACUUAGGUUUAUACGAGUACGGUAUCCAUUUACUGAUCCCUAGGCUCC